AUGGACCGGAGGAGCGAUCUGCAGGUGCAACAGCAGAACAACAGCAGCAGCAGCAGCAGCAGGGGGCGCAGCAACGAACCGCAGCAGCAGCAGCAGCAGCAGCAGCAGCGCAGCUGGAGCAGGCGGGCGGCCUGUGGGGAGCUGAUCUCUCAGCAGCAUCAGCAACAGGUGGUGGUGGCUGACGGGGAUGAUCUCAGGCAGCAGCAGCAGCGGCAACAGCAGGUGGUAGGAUCAGGGGUAGCGAUCUGCAGGCGCAGCCCAGAGCGGUGGCAGACUGUGGGAAGCGAUGACCAACAAAAGCAGCAACAGCAACAACAGCAGCAGCCGUGUAGUGACGGGGAGCGGUUCUCAGGUGCAGUGGCGCAGGAGGUGAUGGUGACUGUGGGAGGUGACUCAUGCGUGCAGCAAUGCAGGAGGAACUGGGGAAUUGAUGUCAGGCAGCAGCAGCAGCAG